CAAAUAACGCCAGACAAGCUAGUGUCAAGAAUGUUCUGUAAAUAGUGGAUUAUAAAAAAAUCAUCCAUUUCACCUCGUGGACGUUUCACCAAUCCUUAGACAAAAUCACAAUUUAUAUUUCUGUAAAUAUAUAAAACAGUGGUUUAUAUGAGUAGCUAAGCUGCUGCUAAAGGACAUGCGUAAAUAGCGUACUAUUAACAGUUAGCUACAAACACUAGUGCUAUGUUAUAGAGUUAGCAUUAAACUAUAGUAGGGAAGUAUGAAGUUAUUGUGUAUUAGUUAUAUGAUACAUUAAAGGAAACCGCGUCUUUUCGUCAUAUAUGAUACUGUUUGUGCAGUGGAAUGUUACCACCGGAGCCUUAGCAUUAGCAUUAGCUUGGACCAAGGGGCGGGCUACAGGCUCAGCGCGGCCCGUCUAGCCUGAUACAGUAAGUCACUUUAAAUAGCCACGAGGAGAGGAGCGGUGCGCUGCGGUCUGCAAUUUAAAGACAUGGCAGUGAAUGUAACACUGAAUUCAAGACAUUCACAUAGCCACCAGGAGCUGCGAGCCUGGUUCAAUGAAACCGUGCUCACAUAUUUCACUGACGUGGGCCAGUUGUGCACAGGUGCAGCUUAUUGUCAGCUGAUGCACCUAUUGUUUCCUGCAUCGCUGGACCUGUCCAGUGUCAAAUGUCGCAGCAGUAAUGUUAUGGACUCCAUCCAUAACUACAGUUUAUUGGAAAAAGCAUUCAGAAAAGUUGGGGUGAUCAGGUACAUCCCUUUUGAGGCUCUGAUGAAGGGGCACUGCAUAGUGUCUCUGACCUUCAUGCAGUGGUUCAGGGAAUUUUUUGAAGAAAACAAAAGCAGCAUUGACCGCUGUGCCUUGGAAGCCAGAGAGGCACAGAGUCGUCUAUCUGCUAAAUCAGGGGGAAACAAUGAUAUAUCCUCCCAAAAAACCAAGAGUAUUAAUCAAGAGAUUGAUAGGGAAAAGGUGGUUAAACAGAACAAAGAUCUGAACAACAGAGCAGAGAUGAUAAUAACGAUAUCUGAGGAUGACGAUGACGACGUGGUGGCCGUGAUACUGGACACUGCAGACAAAAUGGAGACAAGUGUGAAAGCAGACGGUGUACAUCCAGAAGAGAUGAAGAACGAACAAGCUGGUCGAGGAAAUAGAACCAGUGAUACCUUGUUGUGCUUUAUUAGCAGAUACUUUGGUAACAGUGUGGACACAAGCUCAGCUAUACGUAAAGACACGCGUGUUUGUUCUACCUUAAGCCCAAGCCACCCAGAAGACAUCGUCCAGGCCUGCUCACUCACACCGUUCUGCCUCUACCUGUACAUGGGUGUAGAGCUGGGUACAGGACAGCGCACAAGCGUCAUUCUGGUUGGCUACUUCGACCAGAACUCAAGGACCAGUGUGGUGAGACUGCUGGAUACUCUGACGAUGAGUGUCGACACAGUUGAUUUACAAACGUCUGUAGACCUACAUUUUGAUGCUACACGCACGAGCGAUUCUGAUGCUCUCCUUCUGAUUGAGUUGCUGAGGAAAGCUGGCCUUGCUCUGUCCAAUCUCUCUGUGUUUUACUGUAAUGCCCCCCACCCGGCCCUGAGCCAGGUGUUGGUAUCUCAGCUCCAGGCUUUCAACCCCAUGUUAGUUUCACUCUGCGGCCUCCCAGGGAUGGCAGAAAGAGCCUGCCAAGCUGGGCUUUUGGCUUCUUUUCCAUGCGUGGUUGACCUUGUCAGGGACAUCCACCAUCAUUACUUCACCUGUUCGUCUGUAAAUGACAGCCUGAAAGAGAUAUUUGCUGGUGCAGCGUCUUACAACCAUACUCGUUCUAUCUCUGAACAGUGUUUGUUCCUUACCCGCACUGUGCAGAACAUGGUCAGCAGAUGGAGUGAUUUAGUAGAGUAUUUCCAGUCAGUGAAUCAAGCAGAGAAUUUAGAUGUGAUCAGAAGCCAGUUAAGGGAUUCAAAGGUCAAACUGCAGGUUGUGUUCCUUUCCUACAGUCUGGAGCCCCUCCGAGCUCUUCAGGAGCUGCACCAGUGCAGCACAGCCGAUGUGGCCAUGGAGCUACAACAAAGCUCCAAAGUGAUUCAAUCCUAUGCAGUCAGCAUCCUCCGUCCGACUGCCGCUGAGCAAUUUCUCAGGGAACCAGACCUGUGUCUUCUCUAUGAUGAGAAGAACUUGCUCACUACAACAGAGAUUAAUGUAGGUUCCCAUGCUAGAGACUUUCUUCAAUCCUCCAGAGAGCUUGGGAAACAGGAGAGGACCAACUUCCUUAAAGCUGCAGCAUCAUUCUAUAAAGAAUCACUACAGAGUUUAGUGCAGAGUCUUCCUGCAAAGCUUGGAAACGUGGCACUGAGGAACAUCAGCAGAGUGUUGAAACAUCCUGCAAAUGGACAUGACGAUAACGUGUCCAAGCACGUAUUGUCAGAGGUGGCGGUUCAGCUGGGUCUCUGUGGUGCCGGGUCUCCACAGAGUUACUGCCUGGUAAAUGACUACUUCACCUUCAUUGUGUCAGCACAGAACAAACAGGCGAGCUGGACAGGAGACGGCUGCUGGGCAGAGAUGAUGGACAAGCUGAAGCCUGACUCUGCUUUGCGCCGCCUUCUCCACAUCCUCCUAGCCAUCCCCAGCUCUCUAUGCAUGAUGCAGGUCUUUGAAAAGGUACUUUGCAACCUUGAGGCUCUUCCUGACAGCCAGCGAGACCCCAGACCCACACCUCAACAUACCAGAUGGACAAGAAAGCCUCGCACUGAAAGAAGGAAACCACCUUCUCAAAGACACCAUGACUUUAAGAAGCAAGAGGACAGUUCAUCAGAAAAUAGUGAUGUUUCCCUGACCAGGCCUGUUUCAUGUGCUUCCUCUAUAGAAUGUAUCACCAGUGAGGACUUGGACCACACCGACAACUCCUCUGAUGUAGUCGAUGUCACAGAAAUGUCCACAGCCUCUGGAUACCUCGCACCAAAACAGACAACAAGUCAAAAGAAUCUGGGAACCGACUAUGAUGCACCUCCCACUUCAGCUGAACUGAUGGGUGUGAGGGGAGAGCUGGUCUGGGUCAAGGUGGAGGGUUUUUCUUUUUGGCCUGCUGUCAUCACGUCUUGUAAGGGGGACACUGAGCUUCUGAGGAAGAUGAUGGUGCAUUGGUACGGCCAGCAGAUAACAUCACAGGUCAGUUUCAAGGACUUGAAAUCAUUCGCCAGUUUUGGCCAGUACUUCUGUGUCAACUCCUUUGCCACCCUCGGUACUUACAGAGAGGCCAUCUUCCUAUCGCUGCAGGAAGCAGCCGUCCGUUGUAAGAAGCCAUUGGCUGCGUGUCCCACUGACAAAGAGGAUCUGCUUAGGCACAUGUUAGAAUGGGCUUUUGGUGGCUUCCAUCCUUCAGGCCCAGAUGGACUCAAACCAACAGCUUCUAAACAAACUCUUACCAAAACAGGAAACAGGAUCAAGGCAGAGCAGAUGCACUACGAUAAAGCUACCUCUUCUCCUCAGGCCUCCUCAUCUUUGAACAGCAACAUCACCAGUGUGAUGAGUGACAUGGCCUACUCUUUAAACAAACUGUCAUGCAACUCCACAGAGAAGUUUUGUUCUAGAGACAGAGGUGAAAGAAGUGCAUGGGAGGAAACAUAUGACCUGGCAGGAAAAGGCAUCAAGGAGAAGAGAGCCAGAGGAGGAUGGGCAGCAAAGACAGGGAAGCAAUGCAAGGGAGGGUGCGAACGGGAGAAGGAUGACUGGAAGCAAGGGAAAACGAAGGUGGGGUGGAGAGGUCACAAAGGACCAAGAAGGAAAAGCAGCCUGAUGGACGGAUUAGAUGAUGACAUGUCGCCAGACUUUGUGCCACACAAGAGGAGCACCUUCACUAAACCUUACUGCAAGGCAAACGACAGGCCCAGCAGCUACGUCCAGCCAGACCAGAAACUUAGAGAGGAGACCAUCUGCAGGAUCAUUGACAUGAAACUGGACAUUGAUCAGUUCUGUUUGUGCUGUGGAACUGAACACAUUGACAUCUCCCACCCUCUGUUUAAAGGGGGCCUCUGUCUGAAGUGUAAACAUAACUUUGCAGAAACUCUGUAUCGGUAUGAUGAGGAUGGAUAUCAGUCCUACUGCACCAUCUGCUGCUAUGGACUCGAGGUCGUACUGUGUGGAAAUGACAGCUGCUGCAGAUCGUACUGUGAGUACUGUCUCAACAUCCUCGUUGGUCCAGGGACCUUUGAUUCACUAAAGGAGCUGGAGCCGUGGAUCUGCUACCUGUGCCAGCCUUGUCAACCUCAUGGUGCUCUGGUUCCCAGGGAGGACUGGAGCAUUCGUGUCCAGGAGUUAUUUGCCAACAACAGUGCCAUUGAGUUUGAGCCGCACCGCGUUUACCCGUCCAUUCCUGCUAACCUUCGCAGACCUCUUCGUGUUCUCUCAUUGUUUGAUGGUAUUGCAACAGGGUACCUAGUGCUGAAGGAGCUUGGCUUCAAGGUAGAGAAAUAUGUUGCCUCAGAAGUCUGCGAGGAUUCACUUGCUGUGGCAACCGUCAAUCACGAUGGGAAGAUCAUCCAUGUUGGAGAUUGCCGGUUAAUCACACAGGGACAUCUUGAGCAGUGGGGCCCUUUUGAUUUGCUGAUCGGUGGCAGCCCCUGUAAUGACCUUUCCAUCGUUAAUCCCUUCAGAAAAGGCUUGUAUGAGGGCACUGGCAGGCUGUUCUUCGAGUACUACCGCAUCCUUGACCUGCUGAAGCCCAAAGAAGACGACCCUAGGCCAUUUUUCUGGCUCUUUGAGAACGUGGUCUUCAUGAACACACACGACAAAGUCAACAUUUGUCGCUUUCUUGAGUGCAACCCAGUCCUGGUGGACGCAGUAAAGGUUAGCCCAGCUCACAGAGCACGUUGCUUCUGGGGAAACAUCCCAGGGAUGAGCAGACCCAUUAUCGCCUCCCAAAAUGACAAGUUAAGUCUGCAGGACUGUUUGGAGAUUGGCAGAGAAGCCCGGGUCACUAAGGUGAGAACGAUCACGACCAAUCCAAACUCUCUGAAGCAGGGCAAACACGUGUCACUGCUGCCUGUGCUCCAGGACGGCAAAGAAGACAACCUCUGGAUCACUGAGCUGGAGAAAAUCUUCGGCUUUCCCAAACACUACACUGAUGUGAGGAACAUGAACCGGCAGCAGAGGCAGAAGGUGCUAGGGAAGGCCUGGAGUGUGCCGGUUAUCCGCCACCUCUUUGCUCCCCUGAAGGACUACUUUGCCUGUGAGGAGCUUCCUUCUUUGACCUCAUCUAACGCCUCGAACCCUUGAACCUUCAUUUCUCGCCUAGGCUCCAUAACUUUAGCAGCUGGGAACAGGGGAAGCUGGGUAUGGCGUUACCUGUACAAUGUGUGCAAUGUGUGCAAUGGAAGCCUCUGGAUCACUGCCAUGGGCCAGUCCCACCCUCAGGUGGACAAUGAUCAUGUAUUCUAGAAGCCCAGAGCGUGUCAGUGCUAAUAGCCUGUCUUAAUGAGUCCAUAAUGUCUUAAUGAAAUUAUAAAUAACUACCAUACUAGAUGAUUUGUGAAAAAUUUAAUAUUGAUGCUGUUGAUGUGGUGACGCUAUAUUCAUCUUAUGUCCUCGAGUCACUUUUUUGUGGCUUGUGAUAUUUUUAAGCCAUUUUUUUAAUAAAUAACAUUCAUACAGGUGCAUGCCAAAAAGAGAAAAAUCA